AUGGAGUCUCUACCUUGUCCAUUUGGUGACCCAGCACCGAAUUUAUCGGAUUCGGAGCUCCGAGAAACCGCUUACGAGAUCUUAGUCGCUGCUUGUCGGAGCACCGGAAGUCGUCCACUGACUUACAUCCCGCAAUCGCCGAAUCGGACGACAACGGCGGCGUUAUCGCCGUCACCGUCGCUUCAUAGAUCUCUGACAUCGACGGCUGCGAGUAAGGUUAAGAAAGCUUUAGGGAUGAAGAAACGAAGCAGCGGCGGAGACGGCGGAGGAGGAGAAUCGUCGGAUCGGAACAAGAAAUCUGUCACGGUGGGUGAGUUAGUUCGUGCACAGAUGCGUAUUUCAGAGCAGAUCGAUUCAAGGAUUCGUAGAGCUCUUCUCAGGAUCGCUUCUGGUCAGCUUGGGAGGCGUGUAGAGACUAUGGUGUUACCACUUGAGCUUCUUCAACAGCUCAAAGCUACAGAUUUUCCAGAUCAGGAAGAGUAUGAAUCAUGGCAGAGAAGAAACUUGAAGCUUCUUGAAGCCGGUUUGAUCUUACAUCCCUAUGUACCGUUAACUAAAUCAGAUAAAUCUGUUCAACAGCUUAAGUUAAUUAUCCGGUCGGGUCUCCAGAAGCCGUUAGAUACCGGGAAAAUCACGGGAGAGACGCAGAAUCUUAGGAGUAUAGUAAUGUUACUUGCGAGUCGUUCGGAUGGGACUGGUUCGGAAGCUUGUCAUUGGGCUGAUGGGUUUCCGUUGAACCUUAGAAUCUAUCAAAUGCUUUUAGAGUCUUGUUUCGAUGUUAACGAUGAGUUAUCGGUUGUUGAAGAAGUAGAUGAAGUUUUAGAGCUUAUAAAGAAAACAUGGCCUGUUUUGGGUAUGAAUCAGAUGAUUCACAAUGUUUGCUUUCUCUGGGUGUUGUUUAAUCGGUAUGUUACUACUGGUCAAGUGGAGAAUGACUUGCUUGUAGCUGCUCAUAACUUGAUACUCGAAGUUGAGAUUGAUGCAAAGGAGACAAAUGAUGCUGAGUAUUUGAAGAUCUCUACUUCUGUUUUGGGUUUGAUUAUGGGUUGGACUGAGAAGAGCCUUCUUGCUUACCACGAUACAUUCAACAUCGAUAAUGUUGAGACGCUUGAAACAACGGUUUCUUUGGGGAUUGCAGUAGCUAAAUUACUAGUGGAAGGUAAUUCUAGCGAGUAUAGAAGAAAAAAGAAGCAUUUCGAUUCAGGGCAUGACCGAGUCGAUACUUAUAUCAGAUCUUCGUUGCGUAUGGCCUUUUCGCAGACAAAGAAGAUGGUGGAACAUAGCAAGCGGUCAAAGUCCCGUCAGAGCACAAGCAAUCUUCCUGUUCUUGCAAUUCUUGCAGAAGAUAUCGGUCAUUUAGCUUUUAACGAGAAAGCGAUAUUUAGUCCAAUCUUAAAGACCUGGCAUCCUCUUGCAGCUGGUGUGGCUGCAGCUACGCUUCAUUCGUGCUAUGGAACCGAAUUGAAGAAAUUUGUGUCGGGUAUCACCGAGUUGACACCAGAUGCUAUAAGAGUACUUACUGCUGCAGAUAAGCUUGAGAAGGAUCUGGUGCAGAUUGCGGUUCAAGAUGCAGUAGAUAGUGAAGAUGGCGGAAAAUCCGUUAUAAGAGAGAUGCCUCCUUUUGAAGCAGAAGUCGUUAUUGGCAACCUUGUGAAAUCGUGGAUCAAGACCCGAGUCGAUAGACUGAAGGAGUGGAUUGAUCGGAAUCUCCAGCAAGAGGUAUGGAAUCCGAGAGCGAAUAAACUCGGUAUUGCUCCUUCUUCUGUGGAUGUACUGAGGAUGGUAGAUGAGACAUUGGAGGCGUUUUUCUUGUUGCCUAUACUUUUGCAUACAGUUUUACUUCCUGAGCUAACGUCGGGUCUUGACAAGUGCAUGCAACAUUAUGUAUCAAAGGCGAAAUCUUCCUGCGGCUCGCGGAAUACGUUUCUACCGGCUUUGCCUGCUUUAACAAGAUGCAUGGUUGGGUCGAGACUACACGGCGUCUUUAAGAGAAAGGAGAAGCCAAUGGUAGCUUCUCACAGAAGAAAAUCGUCACAGCUUGGGGCGAGUAAUGACUCAGCGGAAAUACUUCAGUUCUGUUGCAGAAUCAACACUCUGCAGUAUAUCAGGACGGAAAUCGAAUCAUCCGGGAGAAAAACAUUGAACCGUCUGCCGGAAUCCGAAGUUGCGGCUUUGGAUGACAAAGGUAAAAUCUUUGAACAGUCGAUUGGUUAUUGUUCUAAAGGAAUACAGCAAUUGUCUGAAGCAACUGCUUACAAGAUCGUCUUCCAUGAUCUAAGCUACGUUCUCUGGGAUGGUUUGUAUGUCGGAGAAGUUUCUUCCUCGAGAAUUGAAUCCUUUCUUCAAGAGCUUGAACGAUGCCUUGAGAUUAUUUCAUCAUCUGUUCAUGAUAGAGUCCGAACCAGAGUCAUUUCAGACAUCAUGAGAGCUUCUUUCGACGGGUUCUUAUUAGUUCUCCUUGCGGGUGGACCGUCGCGGUGCUUCACGGUUCAAGAUUCUGCUGCAGUAGAGGAGGAUUUCAAGUUUCUAUGUGAUCUUUUCUGGUCCAACGGAGACGGAUUGCCUUUGGAUUUGAUCGAGAAGGUUUCGACAACGGUCAAGAGUAUACUUCCGCUUCUGCGUACGGAUACAGAGUCUCUGAUCGAACGGUUUAAAGCGGUGUGUCUCGAGAAUCACGGUUCUGACAGAGGAAAGCUUCCGUUGCCGCCGACUUCUGGUCCGUGGAAUCCAACAGAACCAAACACUCUUCUAAGAGUUUUGUGUUACCGUUACGAAGAAUCUGCGACUAAGUUUCUGAAGAAGACGUAUAACUUGCCGAGGAAGCUAACUUGA